CAUUGCAAUCAUAAUUUGAUGUGAUACUUAUCAAAUUUACACUGUCAGAAUUUCAAUAAAGUCAAGAAGUGAAAUGGAUUGCUUUGAAAUAGCAGAAAACUGCCGAGCAUGUCAAAUUAAGAAUUCGGAACAGUCACCAAUGAUAUUCAUCUUCAACACAGUCCAGCUCCCUGACAUCUUCAAAGAAACCACAUCCCUGGACAUUUAUGAGAACGAUGGACUACCCGGAGUAUUAUGUUUCUCCUGCUACAAUCGCCUCCUGGAAGCUUACAACUUCCGGAAAAUGUGUUUUGCUGCAGCUCUUCACUUCCAGCAGAUCCUGUCAAUGGAUAUCCCUGAGGAGAAAUACACCCCACCUGAAUGUGUAAGUGAUCCCCUGAUGCCUACAAAACCAGAUCCUGAUGAUUCAGAUUCGUCAAAUUUUUUUCCGGAGAAGAAAUAUACCCCUCCGGAAGAAAAAUUCAAUCCUCAUGAAGUGCCUUUUCAAAUGACGCUAGAUGAGAAGCCACUAAUAGUUGAGGACAAUUUAGCGGAUGAUAGUCUCUUAAUCCCACGAAAGAUCAAUAAAAGGACAAUCAAAAAACGACAAAAGUCCGCUAAAUCCUCUAAGAAGACAAGACCUGAUCAUCCGGGCGUCACUAUCAAACCUGAGAAACGUACGAACUUAUAUCUGGAAUGCGAACUCUGCAAUUUAAAGUUCAUCCGGAAAAAUCGUCUAGAGACGCACAUGAUGGUUAAGCAUCAGGGAUUGAAGACUUUCGAAUGUAAGAUCUGUGGACAAGGAUUCACUCGUCCUGACUCAUUAAAAGGACACAUGGGCACCUUUCACGGAGUCAAGAGAAAGUACCCAUGCUUGGAGCCAGGGUGCACGAAGCAUUACGAAACUAAGGAAGGUCUGCAGAAGCACAUGAAAAGCUGGCAUGAUCCAGAGAAUCCCAGAAUUAUAAUUCCUAACAAGGAAACGUGGGUCUGUGAGGUUUGUGGGAAGGAGUUUAAGAUACCCGGUGCAUUUAGAGAACACAGCUACACCCAUGGAGUCACCAAACCAUUUGCCUGCGUACAAUGUCAUAAACGAUUCCCCACGAGAGAUAUGCUUAGGAUACAUAUAAAGCGCCACAAAGGUAUUAAAAACUACGAAUGUACUAUUUGUGGACUCAAGAAAGUUACAGCUAGUGAGCUGAAGACCCACAUGAAUACCCAUACAAAAGAGAAAACUUGGCCUUGCAAAUUUUGUCCUAGUACAUUCACUCAACAAGAAAAUAUGAAGCGGCAUGUGAAGGUAGUUCAUCAAGGAGUAAAGGAUUUCCAUUGUCCGCACUGUGAACGAUCUUUCGGAAAGGCAGAAACCCUUAAGCAUCACGUAAUGACCCACACAGGAGAGAAGCCACAUGUCUGCAGCGAGUGUGGGAAGAGAUUUAUACAACCAGUAGCCCUCAAAAAACACAUGAAGACUCAUCUCAAUUGCACUAUCUUGAUAAUUCAGAGGAAGUCUAAAAACGAAAUGGAUUCCAGUGAUAUAGCAGAAAACUGCCGGGCGUGUCAAAUUAGGACACAUAGAGAAUCUCAGAUAUUCAUGUUUGCUACAACGAAUCUCCCGGACAUCUACCAAGAAACGACAUCCCUGGACAUUCAUGAGAACGAUGGACUACCCAGAGUAUUAUGUUUCGCCUGCUACAAUCGCCUACUGGAAGCUUACAACUUCCGGAAAAUGUGUUUCGCUGCGGUCCUGCACUUCCAGCAGCUCCUGUCAAUGGAUAUCCCUGAGGAGAAAUAUACCCCACCAGAAAAUUUAAGUGAUCCCCUGAUGGCUACAAAGACAGAUCCUGAUGAUUCAGAUUCAUCAAAUUCUCUCCCGGAAGAUAAAUAUUCACCUCCGGAAAAUAAAUUCAACCCUUCAGAAGUGUCUGUUGAACUGACCAUAGAGGAAAAACCCCUGGCAGUAGCUGAGGAACCUGUAGCUGAUGAAAGUCUUCAAGGGCCCCGAAAGAAUAAAAGGACCAAAAGGACAGUCAGAAAGCGAGAAAAACACUCUCCACCUUCAACGAAGAGUACCUCAACACCCGGAAAUACUAAGAAGCCUAUGAAGCGCAGAUGCAAUCACGAAUGUGAUAUCUGCCAUUUGAAGUUCGACCGGAAAGAUUAUUUAAAACAGCACAUAAUGGUUAAGCAUCAGGGAUUGAAAGCUUGUGAGUGUCAGAUCUGUGGAAGAGGAUUCACGCGUACUGAUUCAUUGAGAGGACACAUGGAAUCCGUGCAUGGAGCCAAGAGGAAGCUCCAAUGCCCGGAGGCAAAAUGCAAGAAACAAUAUGAAACUGAGGAAGGUCUGCAGAAGCACAUGAAAAGCUGGCAUGAUCCAGAGAAUCCCAGAAUUAAAACUCCUAGCACCAAAGUGUACGUGUGUGAGGUAUGUGGGAAGGAGUACAGGGAAAACUAUUUACUGAGGCAGCACAGCUAUAGCCAUGGAGCUAUUAAACCACAUGCCUGUACAAAAUGUCCAAGGCGGUUCGCAACGCAUAAUCAGCUUAAGUUGCACACGAUGCGUCAUGAAGGUAUUAAGAACUUUAAAUGUAAAGUCUGUGGACUCGAGAAGGUAACUGCCCGUGAAUUGACAAUCCACAUGAAUACCCACACGAAAGAGAUAACUUGGCCUUGCAAAUUUUGUCCUAGUACAUUCACCCAACAAGAAAAUUUGAAGCGUCACAUUAGGGUAGUUCAUCAAGGAGUAAAAAAUUUCCACUGCCCACACUGCGAGAGAUCAUUCGGAAAGGCAGAAACUCUUAAGCAUCACGUAAUGACCCACACAGGAGAGAUGCCACAUGUCUGCAAUGAGUGCGGGAAGAGAUUUAUCCAAAAAACAGCCCUCAAAACUCACAUGAAAACUCAUCUCAAGUAUAAGUGA